CCGCGGGGACACGCGGGGACCGGUCCCGGUCCGUGAGCGGGGCGGCAGCCCCGGACACGCCGUGCCCAGCGCGGUGCCGCGGCCGGGCCGGUCCGUGCGACACCCGUGGGUACUGACCCGCCAGGGGGGACCGGCGGGGACCGGUGGGCGCUCCCUUCGCGGGGUUCCCGUGACUGCGCAGGGACCGCGGCCGGGACUCCCCGUGUCCCCCAUGUGCUCUCCGUGUCCCCCCGACCCUCGUGUGCCACCCCUGACCCUGUGUCCCCUGUCCCCGCUCACCCUCUGACCGUGUCCUCUCCAUCCCGCGUCCCCUCUCUCCUCACGUCACCCGUGUCCCUCCUCCCUUCUCCACGUCCCCUGUCUCCCGGACGUUUCCCGUGUCCCUCCACGUCCUCGUGUCGCUACAGGUGUCCCCCAUCCCUCGUGUGUCCCCUGCCCCCUGUGUACUGCCCUUGUCCACUCUGUGUCCCCGUGUCUCCCAUCCCGUGCCCUCUCCUUGUCCCUCGUGUCCCCUCCAUGCCCCUCACCUCCCACGUUCCCCGUGUCCCACUCUCCCUCUGUGUGUCCCCUGUCCCUCGUGUCCCUGGUGUCCCCUCCCUGUCCCGUGUCCCGUGUUCCCUCCGUCCCCCUCACCUCCCACGUUCCCCGUGUCCCGUUCUCCCCUCUGUGUAUGCCCUGUCCCCCGUGUCCCGUGUCCCCUUCUCAGCUCCUCUUUUCUUUCCCCGAAGCCACCGCAGCUUCUGCUUUCGGCCGCGGGUGCCGCCCCCGACUCCCCGGGGCGGGCAGAGCUCGGGGGGGCUCCCGCGCCCUCCGGCCGUGAAAGCGGAACCGGGGCUGCCCCGCGGGCCGAGCGGGGCCGGUUCCGCUUUCGGGAGCGCGGGCGGCGCCCGGCGGUGCCCCCGGGCCAUGGAGCCCCCGCGGCGGGUGCGCCUCAAGCCCUGGCUGGUGGCCCAGGUCAGCAGCCGCCGCUUCCCGGGGCUGCGCUGGCUCGACCCCGAGCGCCGCCGCUUCGUCAUCCCCUGGGGACACGCCACCAGGAACCCCCCGGGGCCCCAGGACCACGACACCAUCUUCAAGGCGUGGGCGCAGGAGACGGGCCGGUUCCGCGCCGGGGACCCGCCGGACCCCCCCCGCUGGAAGGCCACGCUGCGCUGCGCCCUCAACAAGAGCCGCGAGUUCCGGCUGCUGCUGGACGGGCCCCGCGGCUCCCCGGCGCAGCCCUUCCGCAUCUACGAGCUCUGCGAGGAGCCCCCCGGCGGCGCAGACGGCGGGGAUGAGGAUGACUAUGGCUGCAGCGGGGAGGAAGACGUCAGCCAGCUGCACAAGAUGACAUCGCUGAGCAUCGAUGACUCGCAGCACGGGGGGGACCUGCUGCCCCCCUACCCCUGGCCCAAGGAGGAGGCUCCCCCCUUUGCCGGCCACUGCCCCCCGGCGGGGCCCUUUGGGGGUCCCCCCCCGGCGCUGCUGCAGGGGGAGGCGGGGGGCACCCAUGGACCCCCUGAGCUGCUCCCGGGUGCCCUCGCUGAGAUGGGGCCCCCCCUGGGCCCCCCGGGACCCUCGUCCAGCUGCCCGGUGGCACCCACAGAGCACCUGAUCCCCGACCUGCUCGUGAGCCCCCACAUGCUGCCACUGACUGACCUGGAGCUGAAGUUCCAGUACCGGGGCCGCCAGGUGUGUGCCCUGACCGUGAGCAACCCGCACGGCUGCCGGCUGUUCCACAGCAGCCUGGAGCCCACGCGGGAGCAGGAGGAGCUCUUCGGGCCGCUGACGCUGGAGCAGGUGCCCUUCCCUGCUCCCGACACCAUUCCCAACGAGAAGCAGCGCUUCUACACCCACCAGCUGCUGGACGUGCUGGACCGAGGGCUCAUCCUGGAGCUGCAGGGCCAGGACCUCUUCGCCCUCCGCCUGUGCCAGUGCAAGGUCUUCUGGACUGGGCCCUGUGCCGCGCCCCAGCCCGGCCCCAACCCCAUCCAGAGGGAGACGAGGACCAAGCUCUUCAGCCUCGAGGGCUUCCUCAACGGCCUCAUCCAGUUCCAGAAGGGGCAGACCCCCACACCGCCCCCCUUCGAGAUCUUCCUCUGCUUCGGCGAGGAGUGGCCGGACCAGAAGCCCAAGGAGAAGAAGCUGAUCACGGUGCAGGUGGUGCCAGUGGCGGCGCGGCUGCUGCUCGAGAUGUUCUCCGGGGAGCUGUCGUGGUCGGCCGACAGCAUCCCGCUGCAGAUCUCGCACCCCGACCUCAAGGACAGGAUGGUGGAGCAGUUCAAGGAGCUGCACCAGCUGUGGCAGAGCCAGCAGCGGCUGCCACCGGCGCAGCCCCCGCCCGGCCCCGCCGCGGGGCCCUGGGCGCUGCCCCCCGGGCCCCUGCCCCACUGACAGCGACACGGGCACAGUGGCACUGCCAGCCGGGGUGAGUCGCUGCGGGGCCACCACACCGUCCCUACCCCUGUCCCCACGCCUGUGCCCCCAGAGCUGGCAGGGACCAGCACCAGGGUGCUCUGCAGGGCAAGGGCACCGUGCCCCCCGCCCUGGGGCAGCCCUGCGCCCCUCCCUGCACUGCCCAGGAUAACCCCCCUGGGAUUUUGGGGGCAAACAGCAAGAAAACAGGGCUGGGGCCACCUUGGACCUGGAGCACCCAGGGAUGCGGGAUACCCAGUGCUGGGGGAGCACAAAGCAGCCCCAGCCCUGGAAAGAGAACCAGAGGGACCUUAGGAAGUUUUAAUUUAUUUUUUCAGUUUUUUGUUGUUUUUUUAUUGUUCUCGAGAUGGCUACACACCCCCGGAGGGAACCGCAUGCGCCCGCCCGCCCUGCCCGCACUCGAGCCACCGCCUCCUACCCCAAAAUCAAACCAAAGAAAACCCCGGAAAAGGGAAAAAAAAAAAAGAGAAAAAACCAAACAAGAAAACAAACAAAAAAAGCAGAACAAAAUAAAAUAUAAAUCUCUA